UCGGCAUAGAUUGGGAAACGAGUUCAAUUCGUUGAGUUCCGGAAGAGGUGGUGGUCUGACCAAAAUGAGAGUUCAGCAAUGCGCCUUCCACUUGGGUAUACUUUUCGCCUUCCUGGCCGAAAUCCGAGCAUUUUCGAUGGAGGAGAAGUGCAAGUUCUGGGCUGGAAAGGGUUACAUUGGAGACCCAAGUGAUUGCCAGGCCUGGGGAUAUUGCCAGAACAACAAACUCAUCGAGCAGCGUACUUGCACCGAAGGAUUACUGUACAAUUUCCGGGAUGGAACCUGCAAACCAGCAUCGGAGGCGAUGUGUCAUUCCCAUCUCUCGGAGAUUUGCUCCGAGCUUGAGCCAGGGGAUUUGGUCGCCGAUCCAGCAAAUUGCAGGAGAUUCGUUGAGUGCGACAACAUUAAUAAUCCCAUUUGGAGUUACUGUGCUGAGGGUCAGGUGUUCAGUAACAAGCAUCAAAAAUGUCUGGAGGAGAUCUCCGGUUGUCCACAGGACAACAUCUGCUCAUAUAUGGUAGACGGUUCGUUCGUUGGAGAUUCCAAGACCUGUCGAAAUUAUUUCAAAUGCUACAAUGGAUUUGGCAUCCAGCUAAACUGCUCCAGUGGUCGAUAUUUUAACCGAAAAACGGGUAAAUGCCAAUCCUGGCGACCAAAUAACUGCCACAAUGAUGAAGAGACUCCCCUGGUGACGCCUCUAGCCUCGGAUUUUCAUAUGUGCUCGAAAUACUACCAGGAGGAUCGGUCCGGAGUGCAGCUCAUUUCGGAUUUGCUGACCUGCUACGGGUACUACACAUGCACCUCCCGAUUUGACAAGGGUCAGUGGAGCAGCUGUCCCUGGGGACAACACUUCGAGUGGUGGAGCCAGCGGUGUGGUUCGCCGAAGGACAAUAGCUGCUCCUACGAUCGCUGCGGCAAUGUGAACCAGGUAAAAAUGACAGCCAUAAAUACGGGCUGCCGGGAAUACACGAUCUGCCAGGGUUAUCGCUCGAUAAAAUCGCAGGAGUGCCCAGAAGACUUUCCCUACUUCAACGAAAUUACGCAACACUGCACCGAUGAAUUUCCCAAUCACAGGGUCUGCUACAUGGACGGAUAAAGAAAGGAAUGGCUUCCCAAAAUGUUAUCAAUUUGAAUUCGGUAAUAUCCAUAUAUUUAAAUACUAAUUACUAACAGUAAAUUUAGUUAAGUGUGACAAAAUAAAUUCUAAUAACUUAUGCAAAGGGGUUUUGGAUGCACUUAAACUAAAAUAAAUCUAGAUAUUUAACAGUUUAAAGCUCGUUUUCAUCCAAAAUUUACUAAAAUAAGGAAAAAAGUGGCCCCGACCUUUUCAUCUUGAAUUAUGUUUUGGAAUCGUAUAUCUCAAAAGUACUUUGGUUUAUUUCUCAAUCCACGUAAUGAUAUUAAUGUUUUCAAUUUGGAUAUACUAAAAGUUCACAGCUCGUUUCUAGAGAAGUUUACUAUUUGUUUUCCGACUAAGAUCAGCACAAACAAUUGGCCUUUACGACACCAGAAUAUUCCCCAAAAAACAAGAUCGCGAGGUGGAAAAAGGACAAUAUAGAAAGGUAUAAACUAAGUUAAAAUAUAGUCGGAACCAAAUUCAUAUACUAAUUUCAUGCUAUAAGAUAAAAUGAAUGCGUUUACAAUUGAAAAGGUCUCUAGCUCUGGAAUUCUGUUUUUGUAGUCGUAUAUAUCAAAAUGAUUUUGCUUUUAUUCUAAAUUAAAAUAAAGACAAUUGUGUUUUUAAUUUAAAAGCAAUAUUUAUUUAUAUUUCUAAAAAAACAAAUUCAAU